UAAAUACAUGCAAAAAUAAAAAAAACAAAAUAUUAUUGGGGUUAUGUUACAUUUGUCGAUUUGAAUAUUUGAGUUGAGUAUUAUUAUUUAUAUAUAACUAUUGAUAUGGAAAAACAUUUUGCAGCAUUAAAAUUAUUCGAUUCAGAUUCUGAUAAAAUAUUAACAGAAGCACUUAAUUAUUCUGAAACGCCAUCUUCUCAUCGAAUUUGUUUAAAUCAAAUUUAUCGGUCUAAAAGUCAGUCUAACUUGGUUAGACAAUAUAGUUAUGAACAAAUUUUUAAUGAAAAUAUAACUUCAAAACAAAUAAAUUUACCAGAAUUUGCGCAAACCGGCAAUAGAGUUAUUAAUUAUCAAACAAUGGAAUUUUAUUAUAGCCCGAAUAAAUCUCUUAAUAGACAAUUUUCCAAAAGUAGUAAUAUAUUACAAGCACCAAAAUUUGUUUUAAACAAAGCAUCAAAUGAAAUAUCUUCUAGUUCAAAUAAUAUAAAUGAGUCAAAGUCUUUGUAUUGUCCUAUAAAAAAUACAACAACAAAUGUGACAGAUACCAAAAAAGAAGUUGAAGACUUAUCAUCCACAAAAUUAAAUGAUUGUGAAGAAGUACAUACUGUGUCAGAAGAUAUUACAAAAAUUAUAGAUGAAAAGACGUAUCAAAAUAUAAAAAAGAAGUUCAGACCAUUAGUAAUGAAGAAUAAAAUUGCAAAAAAAAAAACAAAUAUGUGUUAUUAUGGUUGUUUAACUUUAGCUAUAUUACCAAUAAUUGCAAUCAUAUUUGCAUUACUGUUAGAUGUACCCACAUUGUCUUCUCGUGCUAUGAUUUUCUCAAAAGCUAGUCAAGAAUUACAGCAAAAAAUACAUGGACAGGAAAAUGCAAUUUCACAAAUUAUUAAAUAUUUAAAUCAAGAUUACUUUCAUUUGAAUGUUUUAUGUCUUAUAGGCGGAACAGGAGUUGGGAAAUCUUACACUAUCGAUACAAUAGCAAAACAUUUUCCUUUUAGAAAAGCAAUUCAUACAUAUGAUGCACUGUUAGAUUAUUCCAUGGAUAUGAACACGUUAAAUUCAUUACCUUCAUAUCAAUUAUUUAUUAUGGAAAAUUUAAAAAUAAAAGAUUUGGAUGUCUUUUCUAACAUAUUAGAUGUGCUAAGUCAAAAAAAAGAUAAAUCUAUUACAGUAAUAGCAAUUUUUAAUGUAGAAGAAAUAAAUGAUAACUUAGAAAGAAAAAUAGAUUUAAUACAAAGUACAAAUAAAAUUCAAGAAAUAUUGAUUAGGAAAAAAAUUGAUAGUUUAAUUGUUCCUUAUCAACCUUUGAGUGAAGAAACAUUAGAGACUUGUAUAAUAGAAGCAGCAACAGCUAGUAAUUUAACACUUACAUUGGAUCAAAUAAAUGAAAUCAAAGAAAGUUUAUUACAGUUUGGCAGUGGUUGCAAAGGAGCUUAUGCUAAGGUACAAAUUGUUGGUAAAUACUAAGGGUCAAUUAUGAAUUUUUUGAAAUAUACAUUUUCUUUUCUCUAAGGAAAAAAAAAGAAAAUGUUCAAGA